ACGUUGCAGCGGCCCGGGCUCGGCUGUUGUAGCUGGCUGGGCUUAGCGGCACGGUGGUCGUCCGGGCCCUCCUCGGUGGCCCGCAGACAACUGCGCGUCCUUUCCGAGGAGAAGCGACCGAGGCCAGGCUGUCGCCAUCAUGCACGACGCCUUCGAGCCGGUGCCGAUCCUGGAAAAACUGCCGCUGCAGAUCGACUGCUUGGCGGCUUGGGAAGAAUGGCUCUUAGUUGGGACUAAACAAGGACAUCUUCUACUUUAUAGAAUUAGAAAAGAAACUGGUUGCAACAGGUUUGAAGUCACAUUAGAAAAAUCAAACAAGAACUUCUCCAAGAAGAUUCAGCAGAUCCAUGUUGUAUCCCAGUUUAAAAUUUUGGUCAGUUUAUUAGAAAACAACAUUUAUGUUCAUGAUCUGUUGACCUUUCAACAGAUCACAACAGUUUCUAAGGCAAAAGGUGCAACUCUCUUCACUUGUGACCUGAAGCACUCUGAUACUGGGGAAGAAGUCCUGAGAAUGUGCGUGGCAGUGAGAAAGAAGCUACAGCUGUUUUACUGGAAGGACCGAAAGUUCCAUGAGCUGCAGGGAGAUUUCAGUGUGCCAGAUGUACCCAAGUCAAUGGCAUGGUGUAAAGAUUCAAUCUGUGUUGGUUUCAAAAGGGAUUAUUAUCUAAUAAAGGUGGAUGGGAAGGGAUCGAUUAAGGAACUCUUCCCCACAGGAAAGCAGCUUGAGCCACUAGUAGUCCCAUUGGCAGAUGGCAAAGUUGUUGUAGGCCAAGAUGAUUUAACUGUUGUGUUAAAUGAAGAAGGAAUCUGUACGCAGAAAUGUGCCUUCAACUGGACAGAUAUCCCAAUAGUCAUGGAACAUCAGCCUCCAUAUGUUGUAGCAGUAUUGCCAAGAUAUGUAGAGAUUCGUACGUUUGAGCCCCGUCUCCUGGUUCAGAGUAUUGAGCUGCAGCGGCCACGCUUCAUUACUUCGGGAGGUCCUAAUAUUGUAUAUGUGGCCAGCAAUCAUUUUGUCUGGCGCCUCAUUCCAGUUUCCAUUGCAACCCAGAUCCAGCAGCUUCUCCAAGAUAAACAGUUUGAACUGGCUUUGCAGUUGGCGGAUAUGAAAGAUGAUUCCGACAAUGAAAAACAGCAACAGAUCCAUCAUAUUAAGAAUCUUUAUGCCUUCAACCUUUUCUGCCAAAAGCGCUUUGAUGAAUCAAUGCAAGUCUUUGCUAAACUUGGGACAGAUCCCACACAUGUGAUAGGUCUCUAUCCUGAACUGUUGCCCAGUGAUUACAAGAAGCAGCUCCAGUAUCCAAAUGCAGUGCCAGUUCUCUCUGCAGCGGAAUUGGAGAAAGCACAUCUAGCACUUAUAGACUACCUAACUCAGAAAAGAUGUCAAUUAGUGAAGAAGCUAUAUGAUUCUGACCAUCAGUCCACCACAUCCCCCCUCAUGGAAGGAACUCCUACCAUCAAAUCCAAAAAGAAAUUGAUACAGAUAAUUGAUACUACCCUGUUGAAAUGCUUCCUCCAUACAAAUGUAGCUCUAGUGGCACCAUUAUUGAGAUUGGAGAACAAUCAUUGCCAUAUUGAGGAAAGUGAGCAUGUGCUCAAGAAAGCUCACAAAUACAGUGAAUUAAUCAUACUAUACGAGAAGAAAGGUCUCCAUGAAAAGGCCUUGCAGGUGCUAGUGGAUCAGUCCAAGAAAGCUAAUUCUCCUUUGAAGGGCCAUGAAAGAACUGUUGAGUAUUUACAACAUUUGGGAACAGAGAACUUGAACUUAAUAUUUUCCUAUUCGGUUUGGGUGCUUAGGGAUUUUCCUGAAGAUGGAUUAAAAAUAUUUACAGAAGAUCUACCUGAGGUGGAAACCCUCCCACGAAAAAGGAUUCUGAACUUCUUGUUAGAGAACUUUAAAAACUUGGCUAUUCCUUACUUGGAGCAUGUAAUUGAUAUCUGGAAAGAGGCUGGUUCAGAGUUCCACAAUUGCCUGAUUCAGCUCUACUGUGAGAAAGUGCAAGGCCUGAUGAAAGAAUAUCUCAGCUCUUUCCCUCCAGACAAAGCACCGGUGCCAGCUGGAGAGGAAGAGGGGGAGCUUGGAGAAUACCGGAAAAAACUUCUUUCCUUUCUUGAGAAUUCCAGUUAUUACAGUGCUGAGCAACUCAUCAGUGACUUUCCCUUUGACGGCCUCCUAGAAGAACGUGCGCUGCUCUUGGGACGGAUGGGGAAUCAUGAACAAGCUCUAUUUAUAUAUGUUCACAUCCUGAAGGAUACCAAGAUAGCUGAAACUUAUUGUCACACACACUAUGAUCGAAGCAAAGAUGGCAACAAAGAUGUAUAUUUGUCUCUGCUCCGGAUGUAUCUUUCACCGCCUAGUGUUCAUUGCUUGGGACCAAUCAAGAUGGAACUCUUAGAGCCACAAGCCAAUCUUCAAGCUGCAUUACAGGUUUUGGAACUUCAUCACAGCAAAUUGGACACUACUAAAGCAAUAAAUCUCCUUCCAGCAAAUACUCAAAUUAGUGAGAUCCGAAUAUUCUUGGAAAAAGUCCUUGAAGAAAAUGCCCAAAAGAAACGAUUCAAUCAGAUACUUAAAAAGCUUCUCCAUGCUGAAUUCUUACGAGUUCAGGAAGAACGGAUUUUACAUCAGCAGGUGAAAUGUAUAAUCACAGAAGAAAAAGUUUGCGGUGUAUGUAAAAAGAAGAUUGGAAAUAGUGCCUUUGCCCGGUUUCCUAAUGCCGUUGUUGUGCAUUAUUUCUGCUCCAAAGAUGUUGGCUCUAUGGACACCUGAAAGCAUUGCCACGCAUUACAGGGACUGCGUAGUCAUGAUGUUCAUAUGGAAGGAGAAAGAACAUUUGAUAAGCGGUUGAUUUCUCUAAAGAACCUUCCCAGGCAUGUUGCUUGCAAACAGCUUGAGCCCUCCAUUGCUUCACUGGAUGACUUGUAAUUUGCCCAGUGUGGACUGAGUAAAAAAAAAAAGAUUUAAACUAUAGUUAGAUACACUUAGCAGCAGGUUAACCUCAUAGCGCUUCAGCUUGAGGAAGAAUGCAAACUAAAUAUUAGUGGGUUACUGUUAUACUCCAGAAUUGUAGGAAUUCCUACUCAAAGAAAACUGAUGCUGAAAACUAAUAAGAGAAGCAAAUUGCAUUUUGGGUAAAAUUCACCAUUCAGAUCCAAGGUGAGAAAAAAAUCUUAUAUUUUAUCAGUGUUGUAUUGAAAUCUACUUUAAUCGGCCAUUUGGAGGCAGGUACUACCAAAAAGGCUGUACUUAGAUUUUCUUUCCUUCUAACAGUGAAAAUAACUAGGUACUGAUAAGAAAACUUUGUAUCUGAAGAGGUUAUCAGCAGUAAUAGUUCCAAAGGAACUAAUCUCAUACAAUAUGAUCAGAAUUGGUAUUUUUUAGUUCAAUUUUUUGAAAAUACAAAUGGGCUUACGAUUUGCACUGUGUUUAGUCACUACCAUUAUGAGUGUAAUGAAAAUGGCAACCAUUUUUUGAAGGAAAACUAGCACUUGCACUUUUACAAAAAAGAGAAAAAAGUAAUCUCUUAAGACUUUAAAGAGGGCAUGUUUUCAUAUUGCUGGAACAUCUGAUCUCUGUUUAAAGACAGCAUUUUACUGAAAUGUUUAAGCCUUUUGUGCAUUCCCCCCUUCAGGUAGAGCAGACACUUGUUUAAUUGUCAGUAUUUUGAGUUUCCUAUACCCGUUCAGAUUGGUGCUCUUUGGUUGCUUGAGGUACCUAAAUCACGUUUUUAUAUUGGAAGAAACUAGUUUGCAAAAUACAUAAUCGUAUGAUGUCGUAUUCUUGUCUGACACUCUCUUCUUUAAGGCUUUGUUGUGAAGGAGAUAAGGUUAUAAGCAUCCACAUAAAAAUAAACCCAGGAGCAUUGGGGAAUUACCUCAGCUUAGUUCAAUGUUGUUAUUUUACUUUAUUGUAUUUUGUAAAUUUGAUAAUGCAACUUGAAGCAUAUGAUCCAUUUACUGAUCUGGCCUAAAAUGUAAAGAUGGCCCAAGAAAAGUUGGUUAAUUUUUUUUUUAAAUAAUGUUUGAAUUUCAAUUAUAAUAUAUGUUAGGGUUACAAGGGGACAAGGAUCGGUUUAGUACAUAAUACACUGCAAAAACAGCUUGGUGUUUUGUAAUUUUUGUUUUCCUGAUAACCUUUAUUCUAUUUCCAGUGGAAUCUAUUCUGGGGGCGUAUGUCUUUCUGAUAUGUGCAAUAAAUUGCAUAUUACUGCAGGUUUUAGGAUUCAUUCAUUAGUGAGAUUGAGUACUUUUUUGGGGGUGGGGGUGGGGGGGUGGAACAAAGUAAUUCUCUUCUUCACAUGGAAGAAAUACAGUGCUGUAGGAUUUUGUGCAUUUAUUCAAGAACCUUUAUAAAGUAGGGCAGAUAACUGCCAUUGGAGAUUAAAUGAGAUAUGUAAUGGAUAAUGGACAGUUACUGCAAAACAAAUUAUGAACUCUGCUGAUCGUUCUGACACACUGUAAGAUGUGUUUGCUGCCAAGAAAGUAGUGAGCCACUGAGGCUUCUGGUAGAUAUUUUGUUUUUCCUUCACAGCAAAGUUUUUAUGUGCCUUGGUUCAGCUUUCUGUAUCUUUGGAGGAGAUGUUGCUUGUGUUGUCAGUGCCUGCUGAUAAUCUUGUAUAAGAAUCUGGGACUCACCAACUGUACAGCGGGCUUAUCUAAAGCAAUAAAGUAUAACAUUUUGAGAAAUUGGCAUUGCUACCUGUUUUUCCCUGAAUAAAAGUAUUUCCUCUUUGAAA